AUGGACAACAUCUGGGAGAUUCUAUGGACCAUUCAGAUUGGUGCAGUCGUUGCAACUUUCCUUUUCAACACUGGACGUAUUAUAAAAGCAAUAGAUAUCUUUAACGAAUGUUUGGUGCUCCUUAACGGCAAAGCCCUAGAGACAAAGAAAGAACUGACCACACCAGUUGUUAUCUAUAUAUACUAUAAACUUGUUGAUGGCUACACACGUUUGUACGAUCACACCCGUGCGAUAGAAUGUGGUAAAAAACUUCACGUGACAUUACACAAUAGCGGCCAAAAAGAAGAAGAAGGGAUAAUAUUACUUGCACUAGCGAAUAUCUGCUGUCAAAGAAGCAAAUACGAGGAAGCAAAACAGUUUUACGAGAAGGCACUCCCCAUCAUGAUUGAGACUGGAAACAAUCGCGGACUUGGAAUAUGUCACGGAAAUCUAGGAAAUGUAUUUCAAUCUGUUGGUCAGUAUACCAAGGCUGAAGAAUACCUUAAAAAAGCACUAGUGAUCAGGAAAGAAAUCGGUGACAGAAAAGGAGAAGCAUCAGCUUACGGAAAACUAGGAACUGUGCUCCGAUCUGUUGGUCAAUAUACCAAAGCAGAAGAAUACCUUCAAAAAGCACUAGUGAUCAGAAAAGAAAUCGGUGACAAAAAAGGAGAAGCAUCGGAUUACGGAAAUCUAGGAACUGUAUUCCAGUCUGUUGGUCAAUAUACAAAGGCUGAAGAAUACCUUAAAAAGGCAUUAGUGAUCAUGAAAGAAAUCGGUGACAAACAAGGAGAAGCAUCUGCUCUCGGAAAUCUAGGAACUGUGUUCCAAUCCGUUGGUCAAUAUACCAAGGCUGAAGAAUACCUUAAGAAAUCACUAGUGAUCAUGAAAGAAAUCGAAGACAAAAAAGGAGAAGCAUCUGCCUACGGAAAUCUAGGACCUGUGUUUCUUUCUGUGGGUCAAUAUACCAAGGCUGAAGAAUACCUUCAGAAGUCACUAGUGAUCAUGAAAGAAAUCGAGGACAAACAAGGAGAAGCAUGUGCUUACGGAAAUCUAGGACCUUUGUUUCAGUCUGCUGGUCAAUAUACUAAAGCUGAAAAAUACCUUCAAAAAGCACUAGUGAUCAGGAAAGAAAUCAGCGACAAACAAGGAGAAGCAUCAGAUUACGGAAAUCUAGGAACUCUGUUUCUUUCUGUGGGUCAAUAUACCAAGGCUGAAGAAUACCUUCAGAAAGCACUAGAGAUCAGGAAAGAAAUCGGUGACAAAGGAGGAGAAGCAUCUGCUUACGGAAAUCUAGGAUCAGUGUUCCGGUCUGUUGGUCAAUAUUCCAAGGCUGAAGAAUACCUUCAGAAAGCACUAGUGAUGAGGAAAGAAAUCGGUGACAAAAAAGGAGAAGCAUCAGAUUACGGAAAUCUAGGAACGGUGUUUCAGUCUGUUGGUCAAUUUACCAAGGCUGAAAAAUACCUUCAAAAAGCAUUAGUGAUCAGGAAAGAAAUCGGUGACAAAGAAGGAGAAGCAUCAGACUACGGAAAUCUAGGAACUGUGUUCCGGUCUGUUGGUCAAUAUACCAAGGCUGAAGAAUACCUUCAGAAAGCACUAGUGAUCAGGAGAGAAAUCGGUGACAAAAAAGGAGAAGCAUCAGAUUACGGAAAUCUAGGAUCAGUGUUCCGAUCUGUUGGUCACUAUAACGAGGCUGUAAAAUACCUCCAGAAAGCACUAGUGAUCUGGAAGGAAAUCGGCGACAGAAAAGGAGAAGCAUCAGCUUACGUUAAUCUGGGAGAUGUGUGUCAUUCUGCUGGUCACUAUUUUAUUGCUGAAGAAUACCUUCAAAAAGCAAUAGUGAUCAGGAAAGAAAUCGGUGACAAAAAAGGAGAAGCAUCAGAUUACGGAAAUCUAGGAACUGUGUUCCAUUCUGUUGGUAAAAAUACCAAGGCUGAAGAAUACCUUCAAAAAGCACUAGUGAUUAGAAAAGAAAUCGGUGACAGACGAGGAGAAGCAUCAGAUUACGGAAAUCUAGGAUCUGUAUUCCGAUCCCUUGGUCAACAUACCAAGGCUGAAGAAUACCUUCAGAAAGCGCUAGAGAUCAGGAAAGAAAUCGGUGACAAAGAAGGAGAAGCAUCAGAUUACGUAAACCAAGGAACUGCGUUCCAUUCUGUUGGUGAAUAUACCGAGGCUGAAAAAUACCUUCAGAGAGCACUAGUGAUCAGGAAAGAAAUUGGGGACAGUAAAGGAGAAGCAUCAGUUUACGCUAAUCUGGGAGCUUUGCUUCAUUCUGCUGGUCAAUACUUUAAGGCUGAAGAAUACCUUCAAAAAGCACUGACGAUCCAAAAAGAAAUAGGACACAGAAGUGGUGUUGGAGCUUCAUACUUAAUUCUGGGUAAAGUGUUUCGAGAAUGGCGGCAUUAUGAGAAGAGUCAAGAAUUUGCUCAAAAAGCAAUUACGAUAGGUUACGAAAUAGGGGACUUUGAAAUGCAGUUUAAAGGCCACCUUACCAUUGUUCUGAACGCGUUAGUGGCAGGAGGAAGCAUCACUGAACUUCUGCAAAAUCUGUGUGAAAGCAUUCUGAAGUGCGAAACAAUUCAUGAUUUUUUAAGAGUGAAAGAUGAAUCCAAAAUUUCUUUUUUUGAUGAGCAUGUGUCCCCUUACCUUCUUCUUUGUAGGUUGUUUAUUCAGACAGGUAAUUAUUAUGAAGCUCUUUACGUUGCCGAGCUUGGACGAUCCAGAGCACUGACAGACAUACUGUCAGAUAAGUACUUUGUGGAAAAAGAGGUAUCACUCAAUCCACAGUCAUGGAUUGGUAUCGAGAACAUCAUGAACAAAAAUGCACUUAGUUCUUGUCUUUAUGUUUCCUGCUUGGGUGAUAAUAUGCACUUUUGGAUCCUCAAGCCAAACAAAAUUGUUGUUUUUCGACAAACGGAACUCACAGAAAGUGCAAAUAAAGUGUUUAGAAAUCCAACAUUUGGUGGCUGUCGUGAUUUACGCACAGACCAGUGCGAAGAUCGAUCUUUGUUUUCUUCAUCUGUAAGCUCCCUGCCAACAAGCAAAACAUCUCAGGAUGACAGCUUCACAUCUUCGCGUCUCAUAGAAGAUGAAGAGGAAGACGAGACGAAGGAUUCUGAGCAGCCAACCCUGGAUGAUGGUUACAAAAUGAUCAUCGCUCCUGUAGCUGACUUACUCCAGGAACCAGAAAUCAUUAUCAUACCGGAUGGCUUGUUGUACCCAGUCCCUUUUGCGGCUCUAACAGAUGAUAAUGGAAGGUAUUUAUCGGAUACUUUCAAGAUUCGUAUUGUUCCUUCCUUGACGACUCUAAAGCUGAUUCAGGACAGUCCAGCAGACUAUCAUAGUAGAAGCGGUGCAUUGAUCGUAGGAGAGCCAGACGUUAGUAAUGUUUACUACCAAGGAAAACUUCGUCAGUUAAACUCAUUACCCUGGGCGAGAAAGGAAGCCGAGAUGAUUGGGCGACUCCUCGGUGUUCAACCUUUGCUUGGAAAAGAUGCAACUAAGCAGAAAGUCCUGGAAAGCAUGCAUUCAGUAAGUCUUGUUCACUUCGCUGCUCACGGUUAUGCCGAACGUGGAGAAAUAGCUCUUUCCCCUAUAAGCUCCCGCGGAACUCCACGCGAAGAAGAAUACUUAUUGACGAUGGCUGAAAUUUCACAAGUUCGAUUGACAGCCAAGCUGGUUGUCCUUAGCUGCUGUCAUAGUGCAAGUGGUCAGAUAAAGGCUGAAGGAGUUGUUGGAAUCGCUCGAGCAUUUCUUGCUUCGGGUGCACGCGCCGUGCUGGGGGCACUGUGGGCUGUACAGGACGAAGCUACCAUGUGGUUUAUGAAUCGUUUUUAUGAGCACCUUGUUGUUGGUGAAAGUGCCAGUGAAUCUCUUCACUGGGCCAUGAAGUCGAUGAGAGAGAAUGGCUUUUCUGACGUCAGGCAGUGGGCGCCGUUUAUGCUGAUUGGAGAUGAUGUGAUAUUUAAAGGUUUGUAUUUGAUAUAA